GGGGGACGGUAGUUCCUGGCCACUUAGGGAUGUCCCCGUGACAUGUUACCCCGUGACCUUGGCUGUCGCGACUACAACGUCCUCCGUGGAGAGACUCGCCUCCUCCUGGCGCACGGAUCCAGCGAGGAUAACGGUCGAUCGGUGUCGUUUCAUCCACGUGGAGUCGAGUACCGGGUGGUGCCGGUGGUGAAACCCGAUUACGCGGUCCCGUAUGUUCUCUGCUGGAGGGUGGCCGGCACGACGAUCCACAGGAUCCAGGCAACAUCAUCGGUAUCAGCGCCGCCAUCGACAGCGUCGCCGCCGACACUUACAGCCUGCAACAACGGUCACGCCUCGAAGACGCCAUCCUGCCCCUCCGUUCCUCCAGCCGUCCAACUAUCCUCUUCCGUACGCCUCUGGCAGCUCGCACCGCGCCAAUCUCGCCACUCUGCCUGGCAUGGAAACAAGGUACAAAGCGAAUCGUUGCGUGAGCGGGGGCGGUGGCCGCGGGAACGGCGCGACUGGUACCGGAGGCGGUCUAGGUAACGGAGGCAGCGGCCGCGGGGGCGGCGGGGGCGGUAGCCCCGGCAGGGGCGGCGGCGGAGGCGGCGUCGGAGGAGGAGGAGGAGGAGGCGGAGGUCGGAACGGAGGAAUAGACGGUGGUGCGAUACCCGCUACGCCACCGACGAUCAGCCGUUACCACCACCGCUACCAUCACCACCAUCACCACCAUCAUCGUAAUCACGACCACGUCACCACGACCACCACGGCGGACGCCACCACCAUCACUGGCGUCGCCUGGCACCUCAGGCACAAGCUACCCCUUGGAAAGCAGUGCCUCGAACACCGUCUUCAACACCGGCACCACCAUCGGUCCCCCUAUCGGGCCUUAAACAUGGGCCAAAAGAUUUCAGGAGGGGUUAAAAGCGUGACACGCGAGGCUACAGCAGGAGCUGUCGGUGGAGUCGGCGUCGGCGGUGGCGGCGUCGUAGCUUACAAACCAGUGGUACCAAGAGAGCUGGCGCAACACUUCGCGAGGCCGCCACGGCUCGAUGUCCUUCUCGACAUGCCACCCGCUUCGCGGGAAACACAAAUUCAUCAUAGCUGGAACGCCAACGAUCGUAGUCUCAACAUAUUCGUUAAGGAUGAUGACAAGUUGACAUUUCACCGGCAUCCCGUGGCCCAAAGCACAGAUUGCAUAAGAGGGAGGGUAGGGUACACGAAAGGAAUGCACGUCUGGGAGCUGUUCUGGAGCACGAGGCAAAGAGGCACGCACGCCGUGGUGGGCGUUGCGACGGCAGAAGCACCCCUUCACAGUGUCGGUUAUCAGAGUUUGGUGGGCAACAAUGAGCAAAGCUGGGGUUGGGAUCUCGGUAGGAACAAACUCCUCCACGACUCGAAGAACAAUACCGGUAUCACUUAUCCGGCUCUUCUCAAGUCCGAUGAAACGUUCAUUGUUCCUGACAAAUUCCUAGUGGUCUUGGACAUGGAUGAAGGCACGUUAGCGUUUGUCGUUGACGGCCAAUAUCUUGGCGUCGCGUUUAAAGGCCUGAAAGGCAAGAAACUUCAUCCCAUUGUAUCCGCUGUUUGGGGACACUGUGAGAUCACGAUGAAAUAUAUCGGUGGACUCGAUCCCGAACCUCUGCCUUUGAUGGACCUCUGUCGAAGAGUGAUCCGGAAACGAAUCGGCAAGGAGAAGAUAGAAGAGAAAGUGAAUGCGUUGAGCCUGCCGUUAGCGGUGAAGACUUAUCUCCUGUAUCGUGACAGGAGGUAACUACCGAGUGCUAGCUCCGUAAAUACUACAACCACGAUUACGACUGUGAACACCACCGCGCUAUUGAAUCGUUGCCACCACGACGCACAGGGGAACGCCCGCUACCCCGUCGCAUGCCACCGAGCACACCAGCCCAUAAGCCGCUUCUACGAUCCAUGGUGUUUCUAUCCAUGUCAGGAUAAGUCGAGACGAGCACGAUCUUCGUGGUCGCGUACGUUGUCGUCGUCUUCGUCGUCGUCGUCGUCGUCGUCGUCGUCAUCGUCGUCUUCGUCGUCGUCGUCGACGUCGACGUCGUCUUCUUCAUCAUCGUCGUCGUCGUCGUCGUCGUCGUCAUCGUCUUCAUCAUCCUCACCAUCAUCGCUGGCAUGAUUAUUCGUCGUCAUUCUCAUAUGUUCAUCAUUCUCGUUGUCAUUGUCGUUGUUAACCUGAUCGUUAUCGUCGUUGUCGUUCCCGAAUAAAAUCAAGAUGUGUACGCUGUAAAAUGAAAGAAAAAAGAAAAGAAUUUUUUUCUAAAUAAAAUGGCACGAACAUACGGGACGCAUACGCGAAUCGUAUCGGGACUAGCGAAUUAUUUAGGUGAUAUUGUUGUCUUGUGUUAACGUCUAUGCGAUUAAAAUCGUGACGAAGUCUUUAUCAAUUGUUAAUAAUGAUAAUUAAUAGAAAAAAAAAAAAUGGCGCACGAUGCAUUUCGAUAAGCAUUUCGUGCACAUCGCUCGGCGCUGUUAUCUUUUUAUUCUUUUUUUUUUUUUUCUUAUUUUAGUUUUCCUUCUUUUUUUUUUUUUUUUUUUCUAGUAAUUUUUUUAAGUUAUCGCGUUAUUAGAACGUUCUGCGUGUGACGAAGAAGAUACAAGCUGUAAGAAAUAGAGGACCAGAUUAUACGGACGAGAAUACACGCACGUGGCUCGGAUAGAGAUAGAGAAGAGUGAUCGACAAGAAGUGAUCGGAAAGAAGGAAAACAGCUCUUCAUAUAGUUGGCCAGUAAAACGUUACACUUAAUCGAGUUUGAAGGCUGAUAACGGAUAACGUUUCGAUUAUUCAAUCAACAGUGGGUAGCGGGCUUGUUCUAGUCCAGCCACAAUAAUGCGCGAAUAAGAAACGAGGAGACAACGGAGCGGAAAUAAAUUUCUUCGCGAUUUUAAACGAAGAGGAGAAAUUCGUCGAAACUUCGAAAAGAAGAUUUCUUAACCGCACGUUGCGGAAACAAUUGUUAUGAACUGUACAAAAAAAAAAAAAAAAGAAAAGAAAAAUGUGUGUACAGUGAAAAAAGCCAGCCGAUCGAACAGCCACCUUCCAAUAGACUCAUUUUUCAAGUAUUUUCUAAGCAUGCUAGGUCUAAUGAAAUAUAGUGGUAUGUAUGAUUCGUGGAUGGACACGAAAGGGAACGAAAGAGAACUUUAAGAUAUACAUAUAUAAAUAUAUAUAAAUAAAUAUAUAUAUAUAUAUAUAUAUGAUUUAAUAAGUAACACGCCUCCGAUUUUUCGUAUUUUGUUUUAUUUUGUUUAUCGUUUAGUUAGAAAAAGCCCCGAGAGAAAAGCAUACGUAUCGCAGCUAGAAAUUAUCUCUAAAUGAUAUUUUAGCGGAACGUUAAAAUGGGUAAGAAGAAAGAAGGUGUUGAAAUUUAUGGCGUACACGAUUAUUUGGACAAAAAUAUUCGGGAAAAAUGGGAGAGAGAGACAGAAAUUAUAAUUACCUCGAUUAAGUUGAUUGAAGUGAUAUAAAGAAGAGAAAAACAAAAAACAAGAAGAAAACGAUGAAGAUUAAUUGUAUCGUAGUUAAACUUUUAAAAUGAGCGAAAGAACAUGCGCAUAUUACGGCCGAUUAGAUUCCAAACACGAAUUAAAACUGUCUCGAGGAGAGAAAAAGAGCUGCCUGAGACAACGGCGUGCGAGAGUGUUAAUGAGUGUAUUAUAACGCUAGAAAAAAAAAAAAAAAGAAAGAAAGAAAAAUCAUAGCGACGAUCUAGAAAUAUGGUCACGAUAAUGAUGAUGAUAGUGAUGAAUGGGAUAAUAAUGAUAGAUAAAACAAUUAUAUCGGGCGUGUUGCUACCUAUACUAUUAGCAUGACAAAUUAUGACUGGUCCCUAGUAACUCUUUAAUCUUACGUUUGUCGCUUAAGUUUAAUGAUAAUGUGCCGUUUAUCGGCGAUGUCGAUUUGUACAUAGGGUAUAAUUAUAAUAAUAUCUAUCGGUACGACAAUGAAUGUAUUGUGGGUAGUCAUUGUAUCCAAGACCGUAAGGACGAACCGAAUGCGAGAAAAAGAAAGAAGAAAAAAGUAUACAGAAUUCUAUUCGCAUGCGAAUAACGCGAAAGAGGAAAAAUUGUCAAUGAAAACAGCUCACCAUUUUUAUUUUCCAUUUAAUUCACGAGAGUAUCUCUUUCUUUGAUUCUUUUUUUUUUUCCCAACUUUCGAGAGACGAAAGUAAACGUUUUGCUUGAUACCACGCAUCGUUGUUCAUUCUCUCUAAACAGAAAAGCGAGUUUUCUUGCAGAGCUCGUCUUUUAACAAAAAAAAAAAAAAAAGAAAAAAAUAAUAUAACGUCUUCCAGUUUGUCUGGCCAGACAUACGGUUGCAUCUCUUUAUGAAACGGAAAAGAAAACUGUCCUUUUCUUUUUUUUUCUUUAUAUAUAUAUAUAUAUAUACAUAUAAGUUUUACAUCGUGGCCACGUUUCUUACCAUUAUUUCAUCAAUUCCAUCGAUUUAAAAGCCGUUCUCAAAGACACGCACGAUCUCGCAAUCGGCAACCACUGCUUCGUGAUCUUGCGGUCCUCAAUACGCACACCCAAACUCGCUGUUAGAGCAAUGUUCACCUUCACUCGUUUCUCCUCUCGGUCGAGGCCUCGGAACCUUCGGCCAAGGGAGAACAAAUCGGCGAGAAGAGAAAAGGAACAAAUUAAAGAUUCGUGGCAAAGGAAAGAGAAGAAAGGAGGAAAGGAUGGAGGAGGAUCUACCUAAACGGAUGGAAUAAAAAGGAGAAAAGGGUGAUUGUACGAACGAGCGAAACGAAAAAGUUCUUCGCACGUGUUGAUUGGUCGAGCGAUAAUGCGCGCUGCAACGUGCUUCCUUCGCGCAUCAAUGCUCGUCGCGAAUGUUUUGAAACUUGUAGCCAUGUAUAUUUCGGGCAACGUGUGUGUCGCGUGUUGGUAUCGCGUGGCGGUGAAAAAAGGGAUUUACCGCGAUCAUAAGUGACUCGACGUCUUCGUCGUGGUUAUACGCCGUUCGUCGAAACCUCUGCCUCGUUUGUAAGAAAAAAAAAAAAAGAAAAGAAAGAAAGAAAGAAAGAAAGAAAGAAGAAAAUAAAACUAAAAUAAUAAUAAUAUAAAGUAGAGAACGGUUCUCUCUCGAGCGCGACGCGGACGUCGCGUGCAUGUAUUAUCUUGUAUGCGUGAAACCAAGUGGAAGUAAACAGAGCACAUAAAUAGCGAGUAAAAAGAAAAAGAAAUUGUAUAAGGUAUAAAAAAAAAA